AUGGCUAUGAUAUCUCUCCCCCCCGAUUUCCACUACGCGCCGGUCCAAUUUAUAGGGGAAGAUCUGUUGCCCAUAACAUCGAAGCUGGGUGUGCUGUCGUACUUCAAUGGAAGCUUUACUGGGACAGGCUUCAACACCAUCUUUCGCCCGCAUAGCGGACCGCCGGACAAGACAGCAUUUCCCCGCGACAACAUCUUGGAGCUGAAUCUGAUACAAGACUCAAUUACGUUCUCCGAAGAUUUUGGCGCCGUGCCUAACCGCGGGCUUAUGUCGCAGAGUAACAUCAUACUCAACGGCAUAUCCUAUGUACAGGCCGUCAACGAUGUGACAAACGAAAAAACUGGGGAGGCUGAUCAUUCUCCCACUGGCAUCCACUUCGAGGCUGGAUUGUGGAUGAACGUCCCGCCCACGAACAAUACUCCAGUCCUUGGCGAAUCGCUCGUGCGCAUGGGGUCCAUUCCACAUGGCACAACUAUCAAUGCUCAAUGCCUAGCGCCUACUUCGAAUUCCUCAGGUCCACCCGUGAUCCCACCCGCUAGCCUGGCGGUACAACCCAUAGGCGGUGGUGAAGCAGUGCCGAUUGGUAGCCUAAAUGCCUCAGUGUUUACCGAGCUUCGACGCCCACAGGAUCUCUCGAAAUUCAUUGCUGCUGGCACCAUCACCCAAGACAUGCUAGAUGACCCAAACACUGUUUUGCGCGACGCCAUCGACGGACAGACUAUUCUCGAGAACAUCGUCUUUACGGUGUCCACGAUGCCUCCUCCUCCGGUGUUCGGUGGUGGAACAGCGAACAUCGCAUUCUUAGAAGGAGACCCGGAAGUCACGACUCCAAAUGCUAAUGCAGUUCAAAUGAACGCUACCUUCUGGAUCGAGAAGGUGCAAUAUGAGCUCAAAGUUCCAAAAUUCAAGCGCGGACAAGCCCCUAUGAAGAUCUCACCGACUUCACCAGGAGACCAGCACGCGCCGGUGUUCCUCGUCAGCCCACCGCAUGACAUCACUGCACCCAGGACGAUCAAUGUCACUUCGAUACAGAUUCAGUAUUCUCAAGUAGUAUUACUGGUAUUCGACCAGUUGGAAUGGCCGCAUAUAUCAGUAUCGACGCUGAUUCCAUCGGGGCCUGUAACAGUACCAGACUCAGUCUGGAAAUGA